AUGCCUUUGAGAAAAGUGGGUUGGAGGAGGUAUCAAUGGUGGCACUUUCUGGCUGUGUCUGGCUACAAGCUUUUGUGGUCACAAUGGAGACCAACGGUCCAAUUGCUGUUUGAACCUACUCUUUUUAAGGGUAGUAUCCGGACAAAUCUUGACCCCUUAGGACUUCACUCUGAUCAUGAAAUAUGGGAGGCAUUGGAGAAAUGCCAGCUUAAGAGUACCAUUAGUAGUCUCCCAAACUGUUUAGAUUCAUCUGUGAGUAAUGAAGGAGAAAAUUGGAGUAUGGGUCAACGACAGCUGUUCUGUUUAGGAAGAGUGUUGCUUAGGAGAAACAAGUUCUUAAUUCUUGAUGAAGCAACUGCAUCAAUUUAUUCAGAAACAUUUGCCACUGUACAAAGGAUUAUAAGGCAGGAAUUCUCAAGUUGUACUGUUGUAACAGUUGCUCAUAGGAUUCCAACUGUUAUAUACAGUGACAUGGUCAUGGUCCUCUCCUCUGGUGAAAUGAUGGAAUAUGAUGCGCCCUCCAAGCUAAUGGAGUCGGAUUCUUAUUUCUCAAAGUUGGUUGCUGAGUACUGGUCCAGCUGCAGGAGAUGA